UCGGCCAUCCAUACACGGUCACACUAAUCCCACUAUAUAAUGUAAAGUUAAUCACAAUCUAUGUUUAUUCUUAACUAUAUAUAAGCAAAAUCGAAUGCAAUAUAAUCUAUAAGUAAGAAAUCGAAACUCUGAAACAUGUAACUAAGCACCGAGUAAUACGAAUCUACGUAAACCGACUUUGUCCGUCACUCAAAAUCAAACAAACAACAAAAGUAAAAACAACGAAACAGAGUUCCCUUUAUAAAAUCGGGAUUUUACGAUAUAUCAAAGUGCAGGGUCGGGCCCCAGCUUGCGUGUGUAAGAAACAGAAAGAAAUAAAAUAAUACAAAAUAAGCAACAGCAUCAAACACUCUUCGACACCCACUCGAAAAGCUUAAAACAUUCCAAAAGAGUAGCGACCAGCGGCGGCCUAACGCCAAACAAAGCCAAAAAAAAAAAAUAAGUAAGCCAGUAGGCGAUCGUCAGCGGGGAGAUCAACAGCAUUAUAACACCGGAAGUGUAUAGGUGUGUAGAGAUCGAAGAUCCCCAGGACGGCGGCAGGUUGUAAUCACCGUGGAUCAGCCGCAGGAUAUGGAAGUUGAUGCGCCCCUAGCGCAGCACACCAGCGAUUCUAAUCUGAUCCAACAGCAGGAGCAUCACCCCCACCAUCCUAAUCUGCAGCGAAUUUCACCCAGCGACUACCAGUCCGAGGCUUCAAUGAACUUCGAUUACUUGCAAGACCUGCGUGCUGGCGCCUCCUCAUCGGCGGCCGGAUCCAGAGCAGGCGCCGGUGGCAAUGGCGGCAGCAACUCGUACGGCCUUGUCGACGACAGUAGGACUCUGGACAGACCAUAUAACGCCAACGAAAGGUUCGUCAACAUAAUAGACCAGAUGGAUGCACGGGUGGAGAAACUGCGCAAAGAUGCACUCAACUUGCAGGAGAAGAAAGACUAUCUCUUGAUGUCCAUUGAUCUAAUCAAGAGCAACGAAAUGAUGCAGAACAUGAGCGAGGCUGAACGGGAAGAGAUUAUGUUGUAUAUUCAGCGAGUCAGCUCCCGACUCGGCACCGUGGAACUCAACGUCCGCACUGUUCGCGACAAUUCUCAGGAGGAUUCGCUAAGCCAGAUCAAUGCCUUGAUAGACACCAUGAUCAAGAUGGGCGAUCCGGUCAUCGCUCGCCAACGUUGUCAGUUGUACUUAAAUGCCUGCUGCAGCAGCUCAAUGGAUCCAUCUGGUUACAUGGACACCGUGCCCGAAGCGGAUGUGGGCCCCAUCGACAAGAAAUUCGAAAGUGCCCUGCUGGGCUGCACUCUAGAUGAUCAGAAGAACAUCAAGAAGCGACUGCAGGCAUUGAUGGGAUAUUUAAAUAAGCAAACUGUUAGCCAUUAAUUUAAUUGUUUUUGGUCCAUUUUGGUCACUAUUCAUAGCAUUAUUAUCAAACCAAACGAAAACCAUCACCAAGCCAGAUGCAAAUAAUAAAUUAUUUAAUGCAAACGACAA